UUUGUAUUCAUUAAUGUGACCUGAAUCUCUCUUAUGACAGACCCUGAAAGAAAACAUCCCACUGUGGCAUGUGAGGGAUCAGUGGCUCAACUCCGGUGUGACAAAGGUGAGGUUAUACAUGUGACCAGUGCUACAUAUGGACGCAGCGAUCAGAAGACGUGCAUCGCUGGACGACCCGCCAACCAGAUAACCAACAUCCAUUGCUCCAGUAGCUCAGACAAAGUUGGUCAGAGAUGCAACGGGAAACGGCAUUGUAACAUCAGAGCCAGUAACUCGAUGUUUGGAGACCCCUGCGUUGGAACCUACAAGUACCUGGAGGUGGAUUAUAUUUGUUACGCUUUUCUGACUGGGUGAAACCGUCAUCAGGUCUUCUGUGUUCUGGAUGAAAUUCAUAAUAAUCAGGAAUUUCUACAGCAUUGAUUAGCAGCUUAACGUCUCUUCAAAUUAAACUAUAACACUUUAUUGGUCCCAAAGGGAAAUUAUCUACUCUUCUGUACCUUCAAGUUUUCUCAACCUGUUUUGCAUUUUUAUUUCAAUUUUUCAUGAAUAAACCUGACUUGCAUU